AUGAAUCCCACUGAGUUCAUUCGCCAAGCAUAUGCGUCAAACAUCACCGCUGAGCGCCGCGCAUCACUAAAGUCCAUGUUUACUAAGGCUGACGUAGAUAACUCUGGGUACAUCUCUAUCUGCGAAGUGCAAAACCUGUUAUCAACGGAGUCAUUCCGCUUCCCUCUGCAGAGCGCACGCAUGCUUGUUCGCAUAUAUUCCAGCCAGGGACAGAUCUCCUUUGAUGACUUUAUGCAGAUAGAGGGGUUUGCGUCGUAUGCCAUUGACGUCUUUCAUGGCGAGAAGGGAGAUAGAAAGGCAAUACAAAGAAGCGAAGUAGCCGAUGCACUAAUGCAGAUGAGGCUCAACUUCACUUCGGAAACAUUGGAGAUGCUCUUCAAGCACUUCGACACUAACGACUCCGGGAGCCUGAGUCUACCCCAGUGGAUUCGACUGACGUCUCUGUGCCUUCUCGGCAGAAGACUCUUCACCGAGUGGGAUGUACAGGUGAAGGGGGAGCUUACUAUCGGCUUGGAGCAGGUCCUCCUCAUAGGGACGUGGUUCACUGAGUGA